AUGCAUUCAGACCACUUCUCGAGAUUGUUGGACAAAAUUGUUGUUGCAGUCGGUGCUGACAAAGAUGAAUUGGCAACAUCCAUGUUACUUCGAAUUCUGAACCGAAUCAUGGGGAAUUGCAGUGACUAUGUUACAACCCUAGCAAUGUACGAGAAUGCAGCGGAGUGCUAUGGGAAUAUGGAGAAUUUUUUCUCGAAAGCAGACUUCAAGGCGGUGACGUCACCGCAAGAUUUUCAAAAUUUUCAAAAUUUUGAAAAUGAAUCAGAACAAGAUAUAUAUGCAUCCUCUACCUGGAAUGAGAAGGAUGACAACAAUAACGGCAAUGAAGAGCAAUCAAUUUCAACUGUCUCAACUUUUCCCAAUGGUGAAAUCACCGAUGAAUGUCAAGGAAAGGAGUAUGGCUUGGAUGACGCAACAAGCAUAACUGAUGAUGACGACAAAGAUGAAAAUUCCUCUGAUGAGUUUGAUGGAUUGACUGAAGAAGAGGAAGACAUGGAGGGUUAUAACUUGAACCACCAUGAUAGAGCAAGGACCGACGAUGAGGAACAAUUUUUUUCUAAUGGAGAGGUAGAAGGGCCAUCUCUUGAGAUGGGAUGCAUCAGGUUGAAGCUGGAUAAUGAAUGGGAAAAUGGAUCCAACAGGCUUGGCCUACAGCUCGUUUAUGAUGACGACAACAAGUACUAUGGGUUCCGUAUCUUUUUGAACAAUGCUGAUGUCGAUGGUGAUGGCCAACAAGACAAGGUUUUGGUUGCGGGCUUGUUUGAGAAGCCAAUUCAACGGCGGGAACCAAAUGAUGAACUGAUCGAUUGUGGCUUGAAACAGGUAAUUGGAUUUGUUAGCUGUGACAAGAAGAAUUCCUGGGCGACUAUGGGCAUGAUGGACAGCGCGAGUGCAAGGUCCAACUGUAUCUUCUGUACCCAACCAAAAAGCACUUAUAAGACAAACUUUCCAGACUGGAUGGUACAGUAUGCCAAAGAACACGGUCUUGAGAACGAGCGAUUAGCAGCCAAAGUUGAAGCUGGGUGGAAAGAUUAUCUCUGGCGCUGUGGAGAACACUCAAAUUCAAUCAUGUUUCAGAAGCUUGAGGAAGAUACCAACAACGGGAACAACACAUAUUCUGAAGAUGAAUUACGAGACAUUUGA